AUGGCCCAGCGCUCCCACACCGAGGGCUGCCGCCCCGGUGACACUCUCGUCGUCGUCCACGAGUUUGUCGCCCGCAGCCCCGACGAGCUGAGCCUGAGGCGCGGCGACCGCAUCGAGCUCAUUGAGCGCGACGACGACUUUGGCGACGGCUGGUUCCUGGGCAAGAACACCGAGACAGGCGAAAAUGGCCUGUUUCCAGAAGUCUACACACGACCCGCCCCCAAGCGCACUCCCAUCCCCACUAUGCUUUCGCGCAAUCCCUCCCAGAUGUCUGUGCCGUCUCCAGACACACUUGGCCCGCCCGGCAUGGCAAUCUCAGAGCCCCCGGUCGCCAGCCCACCGCCAUGCUCGAAUGCCCCUCCGCCCCUGAAAUCCGCCUCGACAGAGCCGCUGAACAUUGCCCAGGGCCCAGAGGUUGUCCGACGAGCCUCGAUACAAAGCGGCUCUCGCACCAUCAGCGCCACACUGAGCGGAGACGCGCCGCCCGACGACGACACCAUGGGCAGCCCAGUCAUGCACGAGACGCUGAGCGUCAUUGACGAACACAUUACAGGCAUGAACACGCCCAGGCAUGCUGCCUCGGUGGCCAAGGAACUACGAGCCAACGACUCCGGAAGCGAAUACAGCAGCAACCAUCGCCUGUCGUACAUCAACGGCCAGGAAACCGACGACGAAGAGCAAAACUGGCACACCGAGGAAGAGGUCAAGACGUGGUCGCCUGCCCGUGUCGCCGACUAUCUGGAAGACGUGGGCGUGGAGAAGAAGCACUGUCUAGUCUUCAGAGACCAGGAAAUCGACGGCGAGGCCCUGCUAGGAGUCGACCGCAACUUCAUCUUCAUGCAAGAGUUUGACUUGGGCCCCAUGGGCCCGCGCUUGCGCACCUGGAUGAAGAUCAACGCCCUCCAGUCCGAGGUCAAGAACGCAAAGGAAGCUGCCAAGGCUGCUCUGGCCCUGCCCUCUCUCGAGGGCCACGACGAAUUCCCAAUUGACGGCGGAAGAAACCGAGCUGCCUCUGCUGGCGCCGUCCUUCCCCGCAUACCAACGCUUAGGGAAAGCAUAAGCUCACGAGGCAGCACCGGCCGCCAGCAAACUCCACGCGCUGCUUCAUCUGCCGGCCUGUCCAAUAACGAUGCCACAUCCCCACUCAUUCAACACACGCCUGCCUCUCCUCCCAUGGGGUCCCCUGUCCGUCCCUCCGCCUCGUCUGUCCGAAGCAUGAACCAUGGCAGACGCCAUUCCUCGGUUGACUACAACCAAGGCCCGUCCACUGCAUCCUAUGGCAUCAACAAGGCAUCCAGCUCUGCAUCGGUACAUCCGCACAGGAAAACCCCAUCUUUUGACCGCAACUGGACAAUGGGCUCUUCGCAAAAGGCCGCCCAAGUGCCCAGCCGACCGGCGUCUUCGCAUCACACCCAUUCGUCGAGUACCAAUGGAACUUCGUUUGACGCUGCAGAAGCCGGCCUGGCCCCUGCAGAGAUUGACAGGGGCUACUUUUCUGGUGGCGAGAUUGACAAUCGGAAGAACAGGAACGUCUUGCGUAAGAGAGACAGCCCCAGUCACUCUCGCAAUGCCAGCUACAGUACAGAAGCUGAGCGGCGCAUAUCAUACGGCCGCCGCCACAGCAGGAUGGGCAGCGCAGAUUCAGCCUUUCGCCCCGCUAGCCCCAUCUCUGCCGCCGCGAAACAGUACUAUGGCACCAGCAUUAAAAGCGAGCGCAGCUCCAGAGCCUUUGACUUUGUGCGGCCCUUGAAGCCACAGACGGACAUGCACCCAACCGUCACCAAGCUCACAUACGACUCGCACAGUAUCGAUGCCAUUGCAAACUCGCCACGUGUCGCUGGCAGCGAAACAUCGAGCAAUGGCCGCGCAUCGCCGUCUCCUGCUGCCGCCUCGCAUACUCGGUCCUUCUUCAGCAGCAAGAAAGGGUCCCAGUCUAGGGGCCUGCGUGCUAUUUCGGAUGCAAUUACCGGCGGCGAAAAGGCCAACGCCAGCGCCGCAGAUGUCAGUGCGCCGCAUAAAGAUUCUCCGAUGCAGUCACCGUCACGAACCGGCUCCAGUACCCCGUCCGGCAACUCACUGUCAAAGAGCAUCGAACUCGACAAAACAGAUGCCGUCAGGCGCCUCACCGGCAGCUCCACCGCCACUAAAGAAGGUCGAAAAAAGGCCAAGAAACAUGGAACCAGCGCAUAUCUCAAAGGACGACAGCAAAUCACUCCUCAGCAAGCCAUGGAAAAUUGCGACUACAGCGGUUGGAUGAAGAAAAAAUCUUCCAGUCUCAUGACCACGUGGAAGACUCGCUUGUUCGUACUGCGCGGCCGACGCCUUGCCUAUUACUACACGGAAAACGACACGGAAGAGAAGGGCCUCAUUGACAUCUCCUCGCAUCGUGUCCUGCCAGCCAACGACGAGCGAAUGACCGGUCUCCAUGCAUCCUUGACUGGUGCAGCGUCAUCCCCAACGUCACCUCAAAAUGCCACCAUUCAAACAACGGCCUCAGCAGAUAGCGCAAAAGGUAUUCCAGGUGUAGAGAGCGAUAUGGCAGGCAUGUUCAUCUUCAAGCUUGUGCCACCUCGUGCUGGUUUGCAAAAGGGUGUGCAAUUCACCAAGCCCAUUGUGCAUUAUUUCGCAGUCGACAGCCUCGCAGUAGGACGAUUGUGGAUGGCAGCCUUGAUGAAAGCGACAAUUGACCGCGACGAAGCCUUGCCCUUCACUACUACAUACCAGCAAAAGACCAUCUCGCUUGAGAAGGCUCGCGCCAUGCGCCAGCGCCCUCCCAAUCUGAUGGACGAGGACCUUGAGAAUAGCUUUGUCGACGCGGAAAGGAAGAGUGAAUACUCCAAAGAGAGUCUUCAAGACAGCACCAUACAUGAAGAAGAUGAAAAAGGUCUUGCAAUAUCAGGACUCGAUGAUGCCAAAGCCCUCUUGGCGUAUGCAGACAGCAGCGACCACAACAUGGAGCACAAACACGACAGCACGGCUACGGCACUAGCGAUAUGAGAGCGAUCAAGGUCUUGAUGUCCUUGUAGAUCAUGAUGACUCUGCGCUUUGUUUCGUUUUUUUUUUCUAUUUUACAAACCAUGCAUUAAUAAUCUACUUGGCGACUCACUACUAGAGUCAAACACAAAGGGGAACGCGGUGGACAGCUGUAUGUAUGCUCUGGGAGGCGCGUCUCUCUCUCUCUUUCUCUCUCCUUCUUGUCCUUUUAUCUUGAAUUUCCUCGAGCGAAAGACGCUCCACCAUCUGUGUCUUUUCAUUUUCCUUUACCCCGGCCUCGUCUUCUCUUUCCAUGAAAUACAGUCAUGAAGAUGGACACAUCACUAUAUAGCAUACCCCUCUCUUUGUCUUGGUCAUCUUGCAUAGUGGAUGAGAUCGUUUAUGAUGAAUUUAGGGCAGUAUAUUUGGUGGAAAAGUGAGUCAUGU